AUGGCAUCAAGCAAUCAUUCAUCAGUGACUGAGUUCGCCAUACAAAGUUUCUCUGAAAAUCCUCAGGUUCAGAUCUUCCUCUUCAGCCUCUUCUUAGGACUUUUCAUAGUGGCUUUCACAGGUAACUCCCUCAUUGUCAUUGUGAUCAGUCUAAAUCCAGGCCUCCAUAUACCCACGUACCUUUUCCUUAUAAAUUUGGCCUUGAUGGAUGUUCUCUCUCCCUCCACUGUGGUGCCCAAGUUGCUGCAGAACCUAAUGACCAAGAACACCAUUUCCUAUGGUGGCUGCAUAGCUCAGAUCUAUCUCCUAAGCUGGUGUUUGGGGGCAGAGCUCUUGCUUUCCACAGCCAUGGCCUAUGAUCAGUAUGUAGCCAUCUGCCAGCCCCUCCACUACAGCACUAUUAUGAGCAAGGCAGCUUGCUGCCUCAUAGCAUCUGCAGUUUGGGCUAUCAGUGGGACCAAUACAACAAUACACAUUAUAUUGACUGUUCGCUUGUCUUUUUGUGGUCCUGAUUUCAUGGAUCAAUUCUUUUAUGAGAUUCCUCCACUAUUGCCUCUCUCCAGCUCCUUAACCUAUAUCAACAAUGUCAUGGCACUUGAGGCAGACAUGUUCUAUGCUAUUUUCAAUUUUCUGCUCAUUCUGGUGUCCUAUGGUUUCAUCAUCUCCAGCAUCUUGAAAAUCCGGACCAAGGAAGGGACAACUGAUUAUUACAUCCUAUGA